AUGUAUGCUCAACGGCCUCUCGCCUAUGCGCCUACGCCAUACAGUUAUACCCCCAAUCCAUCGUUGACAGCUUCCAUCAAUCUCGAUGAGGAAGUAAAACUAGCUACUAGCUCGGCGGAGCGAGAUCUCUACGAGUCGUUGGCGGAGAUUUACAGCAUUAUCGUGACCUUGGAUGGCUUGGAAAAGGCUUACAUCAAAGAUGCGGUCACUGAGACGGAGUAUACCGAGACGUGUACCCGGUUAUUGAAGCAGUACAAGUCCAGUCUCAGCGAUGAUGCUGUCGCAAGGGAGUUUGUCGAUCUUGAGACUUUCAAGCGCAUGUGGGAGUUAGAAUGCCCGCGUGCCACUGAACGCCUCCGAAUCGGUCUCCCCGCGACAGUCGAGCAAGCCACCCACACUGCCCCUACGGCACCCAUUGGCGCUGCCAUGUCUGGUCCUGUAGGCGGCGCAUCUGGCAGCCUGAUCUUGACUGCAACGGAGAACUUUAUCACCUUCCUAGACGCAUUGAAGCUGAACAUGGUCUCGAAAGACGCACUCCACCCGCUGCUCUCCGAAGUCAUCCAAUCAGUGAACAAAGUGACGGAUGCAGACUUUGAGAAUCGGGGCAAGAUAAUCCAGUGGCUAAUUACACUGAACCAAAUGCGGGCGACAGAGGAACUCGGUGAGGAACAGGCGAGAGAGCUGUCGUUUGACAUUGAAUCGGCAUAUCAAGGCUUCAAGGCAACCGCAUAUCGAUCCCAAUCUUCAACACAGAAACACAAAAUGAUUAGCAGGGACCCCGAGGAGCCACUUCACGUGCUCGACCUGCCUCAAAUCUAUACCCAACCGUCAGGAACUGAGUUGAUGAAAGCCAUUGACCUUCUAGCGAUAAAACCACGAUCUUUCAGCACAGACGCCGAAACGACAAAGACUCCGUCUGUCCAGCCGACCGGAGUAACGCGCUAUCUGACCUCGAUUAUCUCCAGUUCACUCUCAUGGCUUGAAACCGACGCACUCCGAGAUGCUGUAUGGGAUGCCGCCUCCGCUCGUCUUAGCGAGCGUUGCGGUCGGACUGCCAUGCCAGCUAUGUCUCGAGUCUUCACAGUGCCUACGGCAGGAGGCGAUCACUUCACGCUGACCCUCCACGAGCCAUCACUCACCGCUGACAACCUGGGCAUGAAGACCUGGGUUUCCUCCUAUCUCCUAUCCCACCGCCUCCUCACAGUCCUCGACACCGCGCCUCAGCUUGUACCAUCUACAACGACAACUCCACACACCGAAGGCAAGCUUCGAGCGCUAGAACUGGGGGCAGGGACCGGGCUUGUAGGUCUUUCAUUUGCAGCCCUCCGGGGAAAUUCGGCGACAAUCCACUUGACAGACCUCCCACCAAUUGUUCCCAACCUCGCACACAAUGCCGCUCUGAACGUGGAACUGCUCAAUAGCACAGGAGCAACAGUGACAACGGGUAUCCUGGACUGGUCUAUCGUCCCCGAUCCAUACCCCACCCCAGAGGAACAGUAUGAUAUUAUCCUGGCUGCCGACUCGCUAUACUCGCCGAGUCAUCCGAAACUGCUUGUUAAUGCUAUUACGCACUGGUUGAGUCGUGGUUCUAACGCGCGUGUGGUACUCGAGAUGCCAUUCCGUGACGCGUACUUGCCGCAAGUAGAGGAACUCCGGCACCGAUUGGGAAAGCUUGGUCUGAUAGUGGUAGAGGAAGGAGAGGAGAUUGGUUAUGAUGACUGGGAGACGGCAGAUGGGUCAGCAGUUGCGGUCCGGUGCCUCCUAUCCAUAGCCUCCAUACCAACGGUAACAGGCACAGCAAUUGCCGUCAGCGAACAGCGCAAAGCCAACGAGCGCAAAAAUGACGCGCGCCGCAUGGCUAAGUUCCAUGUCGAUGCUGAAUGUACGGGUGACACACAAGAGGAUUGUGAGGUUAAUGGGAGAAUUGCUGUAUUACGGGAUAAUAAGGUUUAUUUAGAUGAUGUACAAUCUUCGACAUCGCAGUCGCAGUCGCAUACGGCAGAAUGCUUCUACAUCGAAUACCCGGAGACCGAAGAAACGAAGCAUCGAAAACGAGGGCUAGGCCUUGUCACUACCAUCUCCAGCAAUCCUCCCGCAUUGGGCUGGAUCUACGUUGACCAGGACACACAUGAACUCAAAUAUGGGAACCGCUCGCAGAGUAUCGAGCAUGUUGUUGGGCCGUGGGAUUGGGUAGAUGAUGAGAAGACUGUGAUGUUAGAGAAUAAGAAGGGCGCAUUUGUGGCUGUGGAGGAGGAGGAUGGAUCUGGGUGGGGAGUGUAUUUUGAUAGAGAUGGGGAUGAGUUGGAGGGAGUUCUAGAAGAGCAGGAGAAGUUGGACAAUGCGUUUACGCCGGUAGUAUUAAGGAGGAGGUUAAUGGAAUAG